UUUAAUUUUCAUGAUUUUUUUAAAAUUAUUUUGAAUUUUAAUUGAUUUUUCAAAAUAAUUUAACCAAAAAGGCUCUUUGGUAAUUCUGUAUUAUUUGGAAUUUUUAUUCAUGUAUUAUCCCUAACUGAAAGCCUUUAAAUUUAUUUAAAAUGACUUUACAACAUCUUAUUAAAUUUUUGGAUGAUUCAAAUUAAUUUAAUGAAUUUUAGAAUAUAUUUUACUACCGUAGUAUAUUUUUCUAGAAUUGUUAAAGAAGAUAGAUAUGCUGCUUUCCAGAGCAUGGAUCGAUGCGGCGACACGGCCGUGGAAGCGGCGAAGAGGAGAUGCAGGGUCCUCAUAGAUCGGGUUGGAGCCUUGUCAAAAUCUCCUCCGUCGUCGUGGAAGACGACCCUCUUAUGCCUCGCCAACUCCGAGCUCGCUUUCCUCAACCGCCUUAACCCUUCCUCCUCCUCCUCCGCCGCUCUCAGCCUCAACAUCGGCCACCUCGAAGCAGUCUUUCACAUUCUCCGCCACCCAUCCGUCACCGCCGUCGCCCGGGUCUGCAAACCCAUUCCAAUUUCCCCUCGGCAGAAUCGGGGGAGGGGCAAUUGCACUGUGUAUGUAGAUGUAGUGUGCUGUUUCGACGGGAACCCCGUUUGGAUCCUCGUCUCAGAUAAAAAUCCCAAGCACAACGACUUCAAGGAACUGAGAGGUAGGAUUCUGGAAGUUCUGAUUGCUGCCCGGAAUUCCUCUUUGACUGUAAAGCCUUCUUCUGUCAUCCUUUCCUUUUCAAAUGGGCUUAGAGAUGAUGUUGUUCACAUGGUCCGGGAUGAAUUUGGGGCAGUUGAGUUUUCCGGAUUUGGGGAUUGCUCUUCUUUGCAACAUGAAUUCGAAGAAGAGGAAGGAGAUUGGGUCCUUGUGGUGCUUUGCAGGUCCUUCGAAAGGGCAUGUUUUUUGGAGAUAAAGAUAGAGUCUUUUUAUCCGGGCAUGGAAGUUUUAGAUUCUAAGAUGGAGCUAAAAUGCGAUAGCUUAGAUGAUUUGGAAAUGGAUAAAAAUUGUGCCGCGAAUUUAGGGGAUUCGUUUAGUUUUCUUCUGUCCAGAAUGAGGAGUUGGUCUACUGGUCAUGUUGAGGAUGAUGCCGAGUUGGUUAAUUUUGAUACAACGGCUCUUGUUGCUGCUGUGUCCGGGAUAAGUAAUGGUGCUUCCCUGAAAAUUCUAGAUACCCCGGAGAGUGAUUUGAGGGCUCGGUUCAAAGGAAAUUAUGAUUUUGUGUUGAAUCAGGUGGACUCUGAAAUGAGGAAUCCAAUCCAUGUGGACAUGGGUAAUGUAAUUCAUGGAAGGAGAGGAAUUGUUUGUGAGAGUGUUAUCACAGAAUUUCAGGAGAUAAUAUCGAUGUGUGGCGGGUCAAGAGAAAAGUUAAGAGCUCAGUAUCUCUUGAAGAAACUUAAGAUUGUUCCUGACUGCCCAUCGGCGCGCAUGAGUAGCCUUCCAACAACCAGAAAGCUGGCCUUGAAAAACAAAGUGGCGUUCGGCACUGGUGAUCACUGGCGUGCUCCUACCAUGACUGCGAACAUGGCUUUUGUAAGAGCUGUUUCCCAGACGGGUAUGUCCCUAUUUACCUUGGAGCACCGACCCCGGGCACUUGUUGGUGAUUAAAUUAGCGUAUAUGUGUCAUUUGAUGUCUUCCCGCGGCAAACUGUAGAAUGAGUUUUAUGCUGUUCAAAUUUGGCCAUUCCAUUGCACUUAUGCCAUUUUGUAAAUGAAGACAUUCAGGGUUUAUAUAGGAACAAUUCACACUAAUACUCCCAGAAUUGCAAGAAUUUACAUAAAUACUCCUAGAUUCG